AACACAAAACACAAGUUGCGUUUGGUUCGAACGCUUCGCAGCGUGCGCGCAUGUGGUGUUACGUGCUUACAGGCUAAUUAAAUAUUAACAAAGAUUUGAAAAGCGUUGUAAUAACUUAAAAGUGUCCCGAAAAAGAAUGUAGUGCCAGAAUGUGGUGACAAAAUCGCCAGGAGUCCCUUACGAGCCGAGUUCGGACCGAUUUCGGAUGCCAAAGAAUCGCAGACGAUGAGCACCUGAGAAGAUAGAACUUUCCCCUUGCGUAAGGGAUGCAUCAGUAUGGACGGUUUUCGAGUUAUCUGCACCAUCGUUGUAACAGUGGUGGCUUACGCCGACUUCUGUGCAGCCGACCGCGAAUUCAUGGUGUCAAAGGCCCACUCCAUCGCCGUGUCUAUUAACUUCGAAACAAAACUUGAAUGCGAGAUGAACAUCCAACCCGAUAACUUCCAGUGGAAAUUCUAUCCACUCAACAAAAAAGAAGCGUAUAAUCCAAAGGCUCGAAUCAGUUUGACCACGUCUACUUUCCAAUUUGUUCCUCCCAGUAAAUACGAGAACACGAAUGCGAAAAAAAUGUCUUUACUCACCUUACAGGCUGAUUCCAACGAAAUAGCCGGCGAUUAUCAAUGUCUUGCCCAUUACGGAGCCUCCGUGGUGGCGUCGGUCCCUUGGCGAGUGACAAUAGCGAAUUUAAACGAAUUUCACUACCAGCCAAAUGUCAGCGCAACCGUGGUGGCAGGAAACACGGUCAACUGGAGAUGUAACCCACCGGUUGCCAAUCCAGAACCCUACGUGGAUUAUUUCAGGAACCGGGACUACUUUAAGUCUUUGGUGCCGCUGUCAACGAAGUCUCUGGUGAUACCAACCGUCGGAACGGAGCAUUCUGGAGAUUACACGUGCAGGGCCGGCAACGUUGAGCGAAAACUGAAUUCCAGUGUGGUUUUCAGUUUGAACGUGGUGAGAAAUGGACCCGUCGAGCAACCGAGGUUCAUCAUGAAACCUCCGGAUAGCUAUAACGUGACCAAAGGGGACACAGUCUUUCUUGAAUGUGCAGCCGUCGGAAAUCCGGUUCCGAAAGUCUUCUGGACGAAGAAAAGCGGCGUUAUUCCAGAACAUCGUAGCGAAAUGAUUUACGGUGGAUUGAAGAUACGCAAUGUUUCUAGUAGUGACGGGGGUGUGUAUGAGUGCGUGCAUAAAAACAAACAAGGGAUGGUUUCUCAUUCGAUCACUUUAUUCUACAAUGAACCCCCUAGUGUAAAUUGUUUACUCGACACGACUGAUAUUCCGGAAGGUGAGAACUUAGAUCUAGAGUGUGCCGUCACUGGUGUCCCGAAACCGGAAAUCAGUUGGUUUUUGAACGGUUUUGUGGUGACCAAAGAUCGGAAUAUCACAACCCAUGGAAACAAAAUCUUUUUCAAACCCGCCCAGAAGCGUCACGCGGGGAAUCUCCAGAUGUUCGCGCGGAACGAUAUAGGAACUGUUUAUCGUAGUAUUUUCGUUAAAGUCAUUCCAAUAUCAACCACAAACGACAAUGGUGGUGAGGCUGCGGUGGUGGAUCCUACACGUAAACCUACCAAGCACCGGAAAAUGGUACCUCCUUCGAAACCCACCAUUUCUCGGAUUAGCGACGAAGCUGUGCUUUUGCGCUGGUCUGUACAAUCGAAAGGGUUACAAAUAAAGUUUUUCAAAGUACAGUACAAAGAUUUGGGAUCAGCGAAUCAACACCCACCGCAUAAAGGGAAAGCGUGGAUGACGACGAAUGCGGAUAUAGAACCACACAUUACAAGCUACGAAGUUACAAAUUUGAAGCCCGAGCACUGGUAUAGAUUUAGAAUUGCAGCGGUUUAUAGUAACGACGACAACAAGAACAGUCCCAACUCGGACAGAUUCUUCUUAAAGAAGCUAGAUUUUGACAAUCGAAAUCCUGCGCCAGUUCCUAUAAUUACAGAUGUGGAAACGGUCAAUUCGACGUCUAUUCAAGUCUACUGGACUUUCGCUCCUUCGCCGAAUAUCACAGUUGAGGGAUUUCACAUAAAUUAUAAUUCCGCAAGUAGUGCUGGUCCCUAUAAGAUAGCCACAGUUGAUGGUCCUAAUACGACUUCGUACGUUUUGUCAUAUCUCCAACCGGACACAGUAUACGACAUUAAAUUACAAAGCUUCACUUCGAAAGGAGCAAGUCAUUGUAGCCAGAUUAAGCAAGUCAAAACUCUUGGUGUCAGUACUACAACAGUAGUACCUCCAAUGUCAUCCACAGCUGCUAAUAUAGAAAGCGCCGGAUUUAGUAAAUUAUACAUAUUUAUAGCCGCAGGGGUUUUGGGAGCUUGCGGAGUCAUCGGUGCCGUAGUCGGUAUAUUACUAUUUUGUCGAAAAUCCAAACAGAAGAAAAGCGGCAAUAGAGGUGUAGACGACCAUCACAUUCAAGCCGACGGCAACGAAUAUGUGGUCGGUCCGAAGGGUGUACCGAGAUCCAAUGGUUGUCCCCCUAGCAACCGAAUUAAUAUUACAGCUAAUCCGUUAUCGGACGCAGACAACAAGAAUCAGAACAUGAUUGAAAUGUCGUGUUUAUCAUCCCAAAACAACAACUGUUCCGCUGUUCAGCCGUCGGUCAGUGGUGAAGAUUCGCCGUCUAACUCCAGAGAUAAAAAAAAUAAAAGUCGUGAUAAACGUAUUCGAAACAAACAUAGCGGUGAUUCGAAUCCAUCAGGAGAGAAUUUUGUUUAGUGUGAUUUAAUUGGACCUAAAAUUUGUCGAUAAAUCGUGCCUUAAUAGAAGACUGAUUGCAUACACUGUGCCUUCUGGAAAAUGAAGAAACGUAAUGGAAGAGCAUUCACCAGAAAUGACAAUAGUUUAAGUAGUAAUCGGUAGUUCGAAUUACGUUGUACAUUUGCGAUUUGUAGUACUUAUUUGACCUAAUGUUACAACUUGCCUUUGUAAAUAUACAUUUGUACAUAAUUUUAUUAAUUAAUGAAAUAAUGUCAAUCGAGUGAUCCUUUUUUAAUUAUUUAACUUAUUUUUUUGUACUUAUAAUUUUGUAGUUUCGUAGGUAUUAAAAUGAUGAUUAAUUUUCAGUAUUAAUUGCAAGAUUCUGGCAGCUAAAGGUGUCCACUUCCUCUGACGUUGUCAUGCGUACUUUUACAUGUUUGUAAAAGUACAAACGUAAAUUGAUAUUUUAUAAUCAUGAUCAAAAUUUCAAGCGCUUUAGUUUUUACCUUAAAAAGUGGAUCAUAACCGUGCAAUAUUGUAAUUAUCUACAGCAUCAUGGGAGAAAUUUUAACAGUAAUAAACUCAAAACUUUAAUUUCAGUUUUUCUGGUACCUAGAGUAGUCACUUUAUAGUUUAUUUAACUGUUUUUAGUUUCUUAAUUUUUGUAUAUAGUAAAUAAUGUGACACCGUUGUAACACAUUUUCAGAUCUGAUAUUUUUGUACAGACUUUUUCAUUGUCCUGCAGCUAAUUAAGCUAGAUACUUUUAUAUUGUAAUAGUACAAACUGGAUUCUGUUUUACGCUAUUUAUUUUUUCCGCUUCCCUAAAAUAACAACCUGUAUACCACUAGAAAAUAAAUAAUCAU